UUUGUUAGCUGCCUGGAGUGUUAUUUUAAGAAAGGAGAAGCACCGUCAUUUGCACACUCCUUGUAGGUCACACACCUUAACCCUGACAUUUUAGCUCCAGUUUUUCAAAAGCACUGAAGUCAAGAUGAAGAACCAUUUGUUUUUCUGGGGAGUCCUGGCCAUUUUUGUUAAGGCUGUUCUUGUGACAGCCCAAGAUGAAGAUGAAAGGAUUCUUGUUGACAACAAAUGUAAGUGUGUCCGAAUUACUUCCAGGAUCAUCCCCUCUCCCGAAGAUCCUAAUGAAGACAUUGUGGAGAGACACAUCAGAAUUGUUGUUCCUCUGAACAACAGAGAGAAUAUCUCUGAUCCCACUUCACCACUGAGAACCCAAUUUGUGUACCAUUUGUCUGACCUCUGUAAAAAAUGUGACCCUACAGAAGUGGAGCUGGAUAAUCAAGUAGUUACUGCCACCCGGAGCAAUAUUUGUGAUGAAGACAGUGAGAUCUGCUAUGCUUAUGACAGAAACAAGUGCUACACAAAUAGGGUCCCACUUACCUAUGGUGGUGAGACCAAAGUGGUGGAAACAGCAUUGACCCCAGAUUCCUGCUAUCCUGACUAAUUUAAAUCAUUGCUGACUGCACAACUCCUUAUCUUGACAGGCUCUCCAUUUUGAUCCAGUUAGUUAAUAUAUUUACUACCGAUGAAUUUGAAACCAUGACUUUUUUUUUCUUUUGGAUAAUAUAAAACUAACUUCUCCCGCCAAAUAAUUGAAAUAGUAACAUUGUUAUUUUUAUCAGGUAAUUACUUCUCAAUUGUAUGUUCACACUCUAAGUAUCGAAUCUAUCACUUGCCUGAAGGGGUAUACAUCCUUAAGAAUAUAAUUUCUAGUAUUUAAAAAAAUAGACAAGGGGAGAAAAUAAAACUCAAAGAGUAAAAAUCAGGAGGCAUAAUUAAAUUUUAUCUUUUUUUUUUCGCUAUGCUUUAGAGAGCCAGAGCUUUUGCACUUUCCAUAAUAUUUUCUUUUUCACUGUGCAGAGGAAAUUUAUAUCUAAACAUAAGUCAAUAUAUGUUUUCAUUAGAAAAAUAAUUGGAAAACGUUUUACAAAUAUUUAUAAAAAUCAUUUAAAAUGAGAUCUCUAAUGUUUAUCAAACCAGUUAGCCAAAAGUGACAUAAUUAAAUGCAUAAUUAAAAAAUAUAUUUUGAUCUAACAGAUUUGGUAGCAGAUGGUAAAGAUUUUUCUUUUUUUAGGUAAAAUUUUUUUUUUAAUAAUCAGGAUAGUGUAAGAAAUUCCCAUUGGAAAUCAUCUCUCUGUUGUAACUGAAUCUUAAGAAAUAUGUAUGCCAAAAUUUGUAUUCUCUAGCACAGCUUGAACAAUUAAAUAGAUUCUUAAGCAUA